UCGCAUAUUUUUCAAGAUUUAUAGUUCCAUGAAUUCUCCAUUCAACGUCACCAAUCAAUAAUGUCCGAAAUGUCAGAUUAUAUCAGAAAAAGAGCUUCUAGGCCUAAAGUCAGGUCGGGUUGCGUGACUUGCAAAUUUCGAAGACUUAAAUGCGAUGAAGGAAAACCAGCUUGUUUUCGAUGUUCUAAUUCCGGGAUUCGAUGUCGUGGUUACACUAUACAAGCAUCAAUAUCAACGAAAAAGAAAGAAACUGUUCGACAAAGCCUAGUUCCUAUACGCCCGGCACCACCAACUCUACCAUAUCAUCAACUGUCUUACCUAAAUCUUAGUCAGCAAGAAUGGCUAUACUUUCAAGACUUUACUUCUGCGACUUCUACCGAUCCAUAUGGCAUGAUCGCGGACACAACACGCCGUACAGCCAGAUCGAUCGAGUCAUUCUUUUGGACCGAAGUCGUUCUCCAGGAGAGCUUUUUUACGCCAUGUAUUAGUCAUGGAAUUGUCGCUAUUUCUGCCCUUGUGCGGAGCUUUCAGAUGGACACCAUCAGCUCACAAAAAACUCAAGAUCAUGAACAAUUCGCUCUUAAACAAUACGGCAAAGCAUUGCAGUCAACGAGAGACUUCAUAGCAGACACAAAAAGUACACCUGAACGUUCAAGAACACUGUUUAUUGCCGCUACGAUACUAGCCCACUUUGAUUGCUUCUAUGGAAAUCGAGAUCUAGCAACUUCUCAUAUGCAAUGUGCCCGAUCAUUGCUUACGAAAGAGACCUCAAAACUCCUGGACUAUAGAUUCGUUAGUAUCCUGAUGAGUCUCGAUAGUGUCAACUACUCCACUAUGGGCUUCGAAUCGGAGUUCUCUUAUCGCCAAGCUAUAUUUGGAAAAGAGCAGAUUUAUAUCCCGGAAUUCUUCUCUAGUAUAGAGGAAGCAGUCAAAACUCGAAGUGUACUUGUCACAAGAGCCAACAACCUCUACAUAGAGAUGUUCAAAUAUAGAUUCACACCGAGAAGAAAUAUUCCUCGCUCGGCCAUCAAGCUGAGAGACUAUUAUGUAGCGGAAUUGAGACAAUGGGAUACUGUCUUCCGUCGAUCUACAUGGAUGUCCGAUUGCAAACCUAAUAUCACUGGACAUCCGGUGCUAAGACCUGAAUCAUUGAGAAUGCGAAUAUUAAUCAGUAUUAUCAAGCUUGCCACAAGUCUCAACGAACCGCAAUCGGUCACGGACGAGCUCCUGGAGCCAUUUCAAUAUAUCGUCUCUUACACGCGAGAUAUCAUUGACUAUGAAAAAUAUUUGUUGCGAAGCAAAUCAUCAUUUAAUUUUGAUAUUCGCACCACGAUACCAUUAUUCGAAGUCGCAUUGUACUGCCGCAAUUCGCCGGCAUUACGUGGUGAAGCAUUGAAGCUACUAAUUUCUUCUCAUCGGCGAGAGGGCGCAUGGGAUAGCCGCGUGAUUGCAAGAAUCGCGAUAUGGAAGAUGGCACUUGAACAACCAGGAAUGGAUGAAUUUGGAACGAUUCGUGAAAAUGCAAGAUGCUAUGGAGAGUCUUUUGAGGUCGAUCGAUGGAGUAAAGAAAUUCGGGUUACAUGCAGGCAGAAUGACGAGAGGUUACCUGAGGGCUACCGCAUAGUGACAGGAAUACUUCAAUAUGGAGAAAUAGCGGAUGAGCUCUUUCGCUCGAGUCUAGACCGGGUUACACCUUCGAUUCUGUCGCCAUAACAUCUAAUUAUCAUCUAUUAUAAGAUGUUUUGUUGUAUCUACUCAGGUUCAUCACUAAUGUUAAUGCCAAUAGUAUCAACAAUCAUCUCCGGGAAGCUGUAAUGCCGCUUUCAAUCGUUGCCAUUAGUUCCAUCUGCAUUGCAUGUAAAAUCGACCGAUUUCCGAUAGCUCAAUCAGUUUCCUGAUUGGAGGGGAAGGCGUUGUCAGCAUGACACACGGAACAAACCAAAAUUACUGGUUUUAUCUUAUCAACCACCUAAAAGCUGUCAAGGUUUCAUUAUGAUAUAUUGCCAGGAGUACAUAUAAACAUUAUAUUCGCGGAUUAAAUGAAGGGGAAAUUUACAGUAAACAACAUAACCCGCAUGUUCAAGAUUAUCGGUGCCGCUUUGGUCGGCUACUUGUUAUUAGCUUUGGGAAUUUGAUAGAAGAAAACAGUAAUUAGCCUUACCCGUCUCAGAUCUAUCAGUAGCAAUCGCUUAAGCUUGGUAUGGGCACCCACCACGGACCAAGAUCGCUUCUGCAUACAACUUUGUGGGUUAGAGAAACUUAUGCUCGGUACAGUCAGACGCCAAAGCUUCCACACAAAUUUAGAAUCACCCCUUGGUGUUAUCGGCAUGGGCCGUAACCAUAAGUCCCGCCUAUAACGAUUUUAAUACGUCAGCUUACGAGAUGUCUUUCUUCGGUGUGUAUGCAUGCUAUUUUGUAGGAUUUACUUGCCUACGCUGCCGCCAGACGCGCUAAAUUUGUGCUAUUCAAACAGGGAAAAUUAAGAUCUGGAUAUAGCAGAUCCCAACACC